AGGACUGCGACUCGUUUCUCUUGAAUUUGAAAAACACGCUGACCCCACCUGUGUUGGAUUCCACCGGUUUUACCAACCGGUUUAUGACCCGGAGCUUAAAUACGAGACAUAGAGACAGAAUUCGUCAUUCGCUCAUUCUCUACACACAGACACACAAGCUGUUCUUAGACCUCAUACUCUCUCGUAUGUGUUAGGUUUCCUUGUAGGGUUUGUUCUUGUUCACGUACUUUGUAAUUGCUAUGUUAGUUUCUUAGGUCAUAUGAGUGUGGGUAUAAUCUGUAACGAGCUUUGGUUGUAUCUGUAUUCCAUUUUUCAAUAAAAAGAGUUCGUUUUUUUAACAAUAGUCUUGUUAACAUAUACUUCUUUACAAAGCAGCGGCAGCAACAAGCAUACGCUUUCGAAUAACCUGUUCACAACUUCAAGUACACUUCUCUAAGAAGCAGCGGUAGCAGCAAGCAGAGUCGAAUAGAGGACAGCCAGAUCCUAAAUUUCUUCUUGAUCAAGGUCUUAAUCUUGGUCUGAUAACAGGCAAGAGUAAAAACAACCAUCAAAAGAAAAUGACCAACAAUCAAAAUAAGAAGUCAAAUUGCCCGGGGGACACAACGGAGAGUAGAGCAGACACACCGCCGGUCCCAGCGGUGCUAGAGAUCGAUGCUAAUAGAUCUGUAGCGCAGACGUUGGUCGAUAAUACGUAUCCAUGUGGGCAUAAAAGGGUUGGGGUUUUAGAGUACACUGUUGAUAUCAUGAGAUAUAGCUUGAAGAUCAAGCCCGAUCAAAAUGACAUGGAAAAAUACCGUAUUGAGUUCACUUAUGAUGCCCAUGUUGAUGGCAGCAUCACUCUUUAUUUCUUUGAAAUAGGGGGAGAAGACUUAGCUAAAAAGCUGCUUCAAACCAUUACAGUAGAAGUCAAAAAAGGAUUGUGCAAGAAAUUUAUACAUACAGGAGAUCUAUUUGACCUUCCCUUACAUAAGAGAGGUUUAACAGAGGUUUAUCAUUUAGCAAUAAAGACACAUGCAACUUCAUGCAACUCAAAACAUGGAAGUUCUUCGGACCCAAAAGAUGAAAGUACAGACUGUGUUACCCAAUCAACUCUAGCAGUGUUUGAGAAGGUGAAGGGUGAAAACCAGGUUAGGGUUACAAACCAGAUCAUAUGGGUGAAUGGACAGAUGCAUGUGUGUCAUGAUUUUGUUGGAUUAUGUAAGCCCAUGGGUAUUGAUCGGAAAGAUCUUGGUAACAAUUGUCUUCUAUGUUUAUCAAAAAGCUACCCUGGUAUACAUCGUCCAAUUGGGAACAUAUCACUUUCUAAAAAAGAAAUUGGGCAGGGGAGGGAUGGAACUCUUGUAUUCGAGGGAACUUAUGCUGGUAGAGAGGCUGCUGUGAAAAGGACUCGUAUUAUGCAUCGUGAUGUUGCAAACAACGAGAUUCAAAUUUUGAAGGAAAUUGAUCAUCCUAAUAUUGUUCGGUUUUAUGGUAAGGAGGAUGAUGGACGUUUUGUUUAUACUGCUCUUGAGAGGUGUCAAUGCAAUUUACGUGAGUUGAUAUCGUCAUGUGAUGAAUCGGAUGGAUUCAAGCUGAAACUGGACGGUUUCAGGGAUUUGGAACUAUGGAAGGUCAAUGUAUAUCCUUCAGAGCACUUGUUGGAAAUUUUAAGGGAUAUAGUUAAAGGAACUGCCCAUUUACAUGAACUUGGAAUUUUUCACAUGAACUUGAACUCUCAAAACAUCUUAAUACACAGAGAUACUUCCAUUACGACAAAAGUCUCCGGAAUGGGCAGAAGCAAGCGCUGCCUAUCUGACAAUAAAUCUUCUUUAACCGAAAGCACAACAAGCAAGUCUUCUUUUAUUGUUUCAUUUAUGAUUUAUGAUAUGAUAGAUUACUUUACUGAUAUUUGAAUGGGCAAGAAAAAGAAAAAUAGUUUCUAAUUGUUCCUUAUUA